AUGUCCUUGUCAGGUGGCGCUGCUGCCGGCAUCUUCGAGGGUGCAUUCACCAGUCCAGAACUAAUCCGACUGACAAACGGGCGACUGGUGGUCGGUGACAAUCUGGUAGAGGGCGAAGAUCUCUGGAUCUGCUCGAGAACGGGGAAAAUUGUGGACGGCCGCGAUAUAUUCUUCAACUCCCGCACAGUUGCCGGAACCGUCAUUGAUCUCCAGAACAAAAUAGUGGCACCAGGGCUAAUCGACGUCCAACUUAACGGAUCAUUCAACUUCGAUUUCUCCAACCCCAAAUCACUCGAGUCUUACGCGGACGACCUGGUUCGCGUGAACAAGAGCCUUAUCACACUUGGCGUCACGUCCUACCUGCCCACGCUGACCACGUCAGCAAGUCAGACGUACCAUGACGUGCUACGGUUUCUCGGUCCCUCUGGAGUUGAUAGAGAUGCCCAUGCAGGCGCAGAAUCGCUAGGUGCGCACUGUGAAGGACCCUUCAUGAGCACGAGCAAGAAUGGCAUUCACAAUCCUGAACUGCUGCAAUCCGCAGCAAAAGGCUGGUCGGAUAUCGAAGCAUGCUAUGGUCGUGAGAAUUUGGAUGGUGGGCGUGUGAAGAUGAUCACCGCCGCACCGGAGGUCGGACUUGUCAGGGACACCAUUUCCGAGGUGGCGAAGCGAGGAAUUGUCUUUUCGAUAGGGCACACCAACGCAACGUACACAGAUGCCUGCGAUGCUGUUUCGAGGGGUGCUACGAUGAUCACGCACAUGUUCAAUGCCAUGAGCCCGCUUCAUCACCGCAACCCGGGCGUCGUGGGUUUGUUGAACGGUUGUGAGGGACUUGAGCGACCAUACUACGGCAUAAUCUGCGACGGCAUCCACUUACACCCGAUGACCAUCAGAUUCGCCUUCACCGCCCAUCCGGAGGGCUGCAUUCUGGUCACGGACGCCAUGCACUUGGCAGGCAUGGAGGAUGGGGUGUACGAUUGGACAGAGGGCGACCGGAUCGUGAAAAAGGGGCCACGUCUCACUCUGGAGCAUGCACCGGAAAAGAUCGCAGGAAGUUCGGUGACCCUCCUCGAGUGUCUCAAUAAUUUCAUCAAGUGGACUGGUACAUCCGUAGCGCAGGCCAUCAGCUCAGUGACAGAGAAACCUGCGAAAAUGCUUGGACUUUAUCCUAAAAAAGGAUCGCUCAUACCUGGAGCCGAUGCGGACUUGGUUAUACUUGAUGAAGUGCUGUCUGGAAGUGGCGACAAGUCGCUAUAUGUUGAUCGUGUCUUCAAGUUUGGUCAAAUUGUCGUUCCACAGUUACACAACAAAGCGUGA